AUGACGCCAAACUAUGCUCAGUACAUUCAGCUGCUCAUCAACAAGGUUGUGCAAGCACCUCACAAUACGGAAGGUGAACGGGUCAAGAUGGAGGCUUUCAAGGUUCCUAUCCAAGGAGAUAGACCGGACGUUCCUUCCAUGAUGCCUUCUGAGCGUAGGUCCAAGGAAAGACAUGACCAUGCUAGCUCUAGCCACUCUAGGCGCCCACAGCACGGCGCCUCUCGUUUCUUCUCCAACUUGUGUGGUCUUCCUCCUUACACUACUCACUCUGGACAUAGGAAUGAUGAUGAUGAAGAGGAUGAAGGUGAUGAGGAUGGCAAUGGUGAGGAUGAUGAUGAAGAGGAUGAUGAUGAGGAUGGUGAUGGCAGCUCUCCAUCCGCGGGGCACAAGUUCUAUGGAUGGGAACGCUAG